GCCGCGGCCAGCGGGGAGGGCUGCGCGUUCCCGUGCGGUGAUGGCGGUGCGUGGACGCGCGGCGGUGGUAGCAGCAGCAGCAAUGGCUGCUGUGGAUCGGCGGCUGCCGAAUCUCGAUGACUUCGCGGGGCAGAGCUGGAGCGCCUGGGUGGAGAGGGCCGGGCCGCCCGCUGCCGAGACAGGGUCUGAUGUGGAAGAAAACGGUAGGAAUGGGAGCAAGAAGCUGGAUGCAAUGACCCUCAUUAAAGAAGACAUGUCUAUCUUUGGUCACUGCCCAGCUCACGAUGAGUUCUACCUGGUGGUGUGUAACCACUGUGGCCAAGUGGUCAAACCUCAAGCCUUUCAGAAGCACUGCGAGAGACGACAUGGACCUCCCAGCAAGCUCUAUGGCCGGGUGCAGACCUCUUCAAAUUUACAAAAGUGCCAUGCGGUCAAUGGGCGGUCUCUUGCCAGUGGAGGUCAUGGAUCCACCAAGUCCUGGCGGGAGAGGUCCCAGGGCUCCUUCAGUCAAGCCCAGCACACGCCUGAGAGGACAGACAAGAUGUCAAAGGACAACCUCUGUUUGUUUGUGCCUGUUGUGAACCUAGAGAAGAUCUCCAGCCUUCCAAAGUCAGACAGCGAUGGGAUCAAGGCCCCCCCAAAGCUUUCUGACACCCCUAGACAGUCUUCUGCCAGCUCAAAAGAGAUGCUGGGCAAGCCCUCCUUAGUGGCAUCACCAAAAGAACCCCUAACGUCAGCCAAGGCCAGUGGCAACUCCAUCAUACCCUCUGACAGCUUGAGCAGGAAAAUGGAGAAUGCUCCUGCCUUGGGAGAGAAAGAGACUGGUGCUGUGAAAUCCCUGAAGAAGAUGCCACGGAAAGAAUGUGACCUAAACAGGCAGUGUGGGGUGGUGAACCCCGAAACCAAGAAGGUUUGCACUCGGUUACUGACCUGCAAGAUCCAUUCUGUCCACCAGCGCCGUGAGGUGCAGGGCCGCGCCAAGGACUUUGACGUCUUAGUGGCCGAGCUGAAGGCCAACUCCAGGAAAGGCGAGUCCCCCAAAGACAAGAGCCCAGUGAGGAAGGAAGCGCCUUCUGAACGACUCUCGCAGGACUCCUCGUUACUCUCACAGCCAUCGCUGGUCCUGCCCAACGCCUCUCUUUGCCGAAUAAAGCAACCCUACUCCCACUGUGCACUUUCCAGGUCUAGGGUUUCCUCAGAGAGUGAGCCCGAUGACCUGCCUACCACCUCUAGCGAAGUCGACCAUGGGCUCUACCCUUUUCCAGCACCCAAGAGCACCGGCCGGGUUUCGAGCGAGGAGAGUGAGGAUGACGCAGUGGAUGAUUCCCGCAAGGUGGACUGCCAUUAUGCAACGCGGUCGCCACGCCCCCAGGCGUUCUGCACUUUCGGAAGCAGGUUGGUGAGCCCUGGAUGUUACGUCUUCAGUCGACGGCUGGAUCGGUUCUGCUCUGCACUCAGUUCCAUGCUGGAGAGACAUCUCAGCUCCCACAUGUGGAAAAGGAUCCCUCCCGCUGCUGACCAUCCAAUUCUGUCCACACCACCCCCUGUUCUUCUGGGCUUCUCCACAUCCAGCACUUCUCAGAACUGCAGCUCCUCCCUGGUGUGUAGCCUCCCCCACAGCCUCCCGGGCAGGACCUCGGUGUCUUGCGCGGCUUCAGCCACCGUGGCCUCCAGGGACAGCCGCAGCCACCACAGCAUGAACUAUGCAGUGGGGUCGCCCCACGCUGCAGCCGCCUGCAGCCAGUCAGACUGCAUGGGCGGGAGCCAGUCCAUCACCUCCCCACUCCCGGCCAACACCCCUUCGCCGUCCUUCAGCAAGUUGCCUUUGACCAAGGCCAGCAAGUCCUCCAAAGCCAAGGAGGCGGCGGCUGGCGGCGUGGAGCCAGAGGCCUUGGCCCGGAAACGCAAGCAGUCUCCUGGGGCCCCCGCUAGCCCUCCGUACAAACAGACCUGUUUCCUUGAUCUGGGCAAGAGCAAGGCAGCUGGCUGCCAGGUCUCCCACCCGCCCGCCAAGGCCAAGCCAUCCAUGAUCUCCUCCUCCUCGACUCUUUCCCUGAAUGGAACCGUCUCGGCCGGAGCCAGGAUUAAGAGGGUCAGCCAUCUGGACUGCAGGGCUCCCAGCCACGUCCCAGUCAAAGCGUCGCAGCUGGAGAACCGGGCCUCCUCGCUGAAUGGGCCAAAGGCAUUGCAAGCCAACUGCAUCUCGGAUGAGGAGGCCAAGCGACGCAAGAAUACAGCCACCUACUGUAGGCCGAUGAAGGCCAGGCACUCCCCCUCCCCCUUGCCUUCCUCUUCCUCCUCUGACUUGGGUGGCUCUGUCCGAAGGAAGAAGCCAGUUGUCUCCUUGGGAUUUGAGGAGAAGCAGAACACAAUGAAGUCAAAAGCGCAUUAACAGCAAGUGCCUGCAUUCUGCAGAAGGAGCCAACAGCCUGAGAACUCUGCCCCGGGUCCGACUCAAAGCCUCUUUGCUUUUUUUAUAACUUUAUAGUAUUUUUUUAAAGGAAAAAAAACCCUCUAAAAUA